AUGUCUGAUAUUCUUUUGGAAAUAGAAUCCUCUUUGGCAGACCAGGAGAACUCAUCAAACUCCAUUAGGUUGAUGCUUCUGAACUUGAAAGACGACAUCAGUGACAAUGAAGCUUUUGAACAAGAACCAAAAAUUACCAAGAAACAAAUUAAUGAGUUAUGUCAAAAGGCCGAUGAUGUUGAUGUGGUAUUAGUGUGCCCCAAAUGUAAUAAUUUCUUGUUCACCGAUGACCUUGAUGCCAAAUCGGCUAAACUCACUGAAAGCUCUGGUGAUUGUUGUCAACAGUACUAUGAAAAAUGUCACAAGAUUUCUAGAACCAAUUUGGAGUACUGGUAUUACUUUUUAAAUAAUCCUUUCAAAACCAUCAAUACUUUGCCAAACUAUACCAGAUUCUUGUUUUAUUCUAUAGAAGGUAUCCCAACACAAUUAAGAUCCAGAAUCUGGGGUAUGUUGUUAGGAUCUUGUACUAAUUUUGGUGAAAUCAACAACAACUGGUGUGAAAGCCUAUUUGCCAAUUUAAACGGUGAAAACUCUCCAUAUUUAAGAGUUAUUGUCAACGAUUUGAACCGGAUUUUCCCAAAUUUGGACUACUUUCAAAACAAAGAAUUAGGUCAAGCUAACUUGAAAAAAAUAUUGAAUGCCUAUUCGUUAUAUGAUGCAGAAAUUGGGUAUUGCCAAGGUUUGUCCUUUUUAAUCGGGUUAAUAUUAUUUCAUUUUAAAUCCAACCCAAUGACCUUCUUGGCAACUAUCAAUAUCUUUGAGCAGAAGAAGAACUUGAAUUUCAAGAAGAUUUUCGAUGAAAAAAUGUCCGGGUUGAAAUUAUGGUUUUAUCAAUUUGAAGAAAUUUUCAAAAAACAUAACGUCACUCUAUACAAUCAUUUUAAGGAGUUGAAUAUUGAUUUGAGAAUAUUCACUUCUAAAUGGUUUUUAUCCUUCUUUGCCGUCGGUUGCCCAAUGCAGAUCUUGAUCAAAUUGUUUGACAUCAUGUUCAUUGAAGGCUUCCAAUCAUCGAUUUUCAAAAUUUCUUUAAUCAUUUUGAGCAAGAACAGUAACAUUUUGAUGGAAUUAUCUGAAGCCGAAGAAGUUCAUCAAUUGUUGUUGUCCACAAAUAUUUGGGAUUGCUAUGAAAGUAACUUGAAUUUGAUUAUUGAUGAUUUGUUGAGCUUGAACCCAGAUUUAGUUUCGCAAGAAUUCUUACAAGAACUCGAAGACAAGUUCAAGAAAGACCAAUCCAAAUUGUCACACUCCACUUCCUCUUCAUUACUUGCUCCAAAGAAUUCCUCUGGCCAUAGACACACAAAAUCCGCUAAUAACUUAAUCGUGAAUGUCUCUAAGGCCAACUGUCACGAAAAAACUUCUAGUAUUAGCAUUGGCGCAACAAGCAGUGAUAUCUCUGGUGACACUGAGGCUCCUAUAGAUAGAGCACAACAAGUAUCCAAAUCAGUUUCUAAUACCCCAAUGGAGGCAGAGUCUUCUUUCUUUAGAUUCUUCAAAUAUGGUUUCUCAAAUCCCGCCACCGCGAUCCCAACUCCAACUGAUGAUCACUAUCCUAUUGAGGAGUCUGCUAAUAAAUCUAUCACCCUUGAUGCGCUCAUUGCUGCUGAGAGUACUAAGAAUGAUGUCUCGGUUGAGAAAUCUGGUGAUAACACCCAUGAAGAAUUGGAUUCCAGCACCAGAAGCUCGACAUGUUCGAACCUUUUUGAUGAUGACAGCUUCUCUCAAAAUGAAACUGAAUCGUCUAAUUCCUCCACUAAUAGCCCAAUUUUGAGUAAUGAGGAAACCGAGAAGAAUAAGAAAAAGUUGGUGAAUGAAAUUAUUAUCAACUCACCAGAUAUUGACUUGGAAAAUCAAGCAAACUCUAACAAUAAUGGUGGUUCGCUAAUUCCAAAACCACAAGAUUCUCAAAAGCAACAACAACAACAAUCACAAUCGAAAUUAUCAAACUCUUUCUCCUGCUCCACCCAGUUAAAUGAUCAAAUCAACUAUUUCUCAAACAUUCCUCCUCCACAUGCCAAAUCCAAUUCUGGACAUGCCCACGUUGGUCAUUCCAGAACUGUAUCGGAAAUGAGCGACUAUCAUUCUUUAUCCAAGAACACGGUUACUGGUCUUUCGAUCGAAAAUUCUAAAAAAUACCACCAUUCCAAAAAUUACUCUGUUUCCAAUGUUUCUCUCUAUUCAACAUCGACUGAUGGCUCAACAUUUAGUGCCCAGCCACCAACAAUGUUAUCGCCACUGUCACAACUUGGUGAACCAACUUUUUCUUCCUUCAAUCAUAUCAUGAAUACCUCAGCCCCAAUAGGCGGUUCAGCAUUGAGUCCUUCGCUCAAAGGCAUGAGCAAUCACCACCGUGGACAUAGUUAUACCCCUAGUAUCAGCAGCAUCUCUUCUAUAAAUAAGAGGAAUAUGGCUGAAAUGAGAGAAAUUGAAAUGGCCUCAGAAAUGGAAUCGUUAAAGUUUAAAUUGGAAUCGUAUGAACGUGUCAUUGAAGAUGACAAGCAGUUGAUCAAAAGUUUAUUUAAACUAUACUUGAUGAAGGAUGACUUGGCUGGCGAUGAGUUAGAUGAGGCAGGCAAAGCCAAGUUAGAAAAUAAGUUGAAGAGAAGAGAGUAUAAGGUGUUGAAGGAGGUUGAGGAAAGGUUGAAGUUGUGA